AUGCAACCGCUAGUGAUUCUGUGGGCCAAGAGCUACCAGCAGGUUAUCGACGACAUCGACUAUGUCGGUGAAGCCUCGAACAACCCCGACCUGGGCCAGGGCCUCGAAGGGCUGUUGAACCUGAUGACGCAAGGUCAGGGUUUGCCUUUGGACAAAGAGAAGCCCUGGGGCGGCGUGGUCAGCUCCGACGGGUUCCAGUUCCAAAUCCUCGGCUUCCUGCCGAUCACCGAUCUGGAAAAGUUCGUCGAAGUCAUCGGUAACCUGGGCGACCCGCCGGCUGAGGAAGAAGAAGGUGUCUAUCGCGUCGAGGUUCCCGGGGGUGCGAUCUCGCUGUACAUGAAGCAAGUUGGCGACUGGACCUACGUCUCGCAGAGCAUCGACGGCUUCGACAACCUGCCUGAAGAUCCCGUCAAGCUGCUGAACAACCUGGACAAGGAAUACAACUUCGGUCUGAAGGCCUACGUGCAGAACAUUCCGGAAAUCUUCCGUCAAUUGGCCGUCGAGCAAAUCAAGCUGGGCAUGGACGAAAACAUGCCUCACCUGCCCGACGAAGGUGACGCUCAAUACGAGUUGCGCACCCGCAUGAUGAAGGAUCAACUCACCUCGAUCACCGAAGCGAUGGACGAGUUGGACGAAGUCACCAUCGGCAUGACGGUCGAUCGCGAAAAGGAAAUGGGCGUUCUCGACUUCACGGUGACCGCAGUCGAAGGCAGCCCCACCGCCGAGCAAUACGCCAAGAUGGGAAGCGGCCGCACCAAGUUCGGUGGCUUCUUCGAUCAAGAAGCGGCCAUGACCGCCAACGUCAACAUGUUCCUCAGCAGCGAAGACAUUGACGAAGCCACCGGCUUGGUCGAGUCGAUUCGCAGCGAACUGAUGAAGCAAAUCGACGGCUUCGACGCCAUCCCCGAUGAGCAAAUCGCCGCCCAACUCAAAGAGGUGAUUGGCGAGUUCAUCGACGUGGCCCAAUCCACCGUGGACAGCGGUCGCAUCGACGGGGGCAUGGCGCUGCAAGGCGAAGGACCCUUCAACCUCAUCAUUGGCACCACCGUGGCCGAAGGUGACGAACUGGCCCGCCUGUUCGAAGACCUGGUCGACCUGGCCGAAACCGAAGCCGGCUUCUACGGCGUUCAGCUCGACGUCGGUAAGCACAAGGGUGUCCGUUUCCACACGCUGAUUCUGCCCUACUUCGGUGGUGCUGAAGGCGAAAUGCUCGAGACCCUCUUCGGUUCCGACAUCGAAUUCACCUUCGGUAUGUCCAAAGAUGCGGCCUACCUGGCCGUGGGCACCGACGGGGUCGAUCGCCUGACCAAGGCCAUCGAUGCCUCGGAAGAAAUGGCCGAUAAGGAAGUUCCCCCGGCCCAAAUGGUGAUGGCCCUCGGUCCGCUAUUGAACCUGCUGGCCGAAGUCGACGCCGGCGACGAUCCGCUGCUAUCGUCGCUCACGCUCGAAGUGCCCGAGGAAGAUGAUCGGCUCUACAUUCUGAUGAAGCCGGUCGAGAAUGGCGUUCAAAUUCACGUCGAAGCCGAACAGGGUGUCUUGGGCGCCUUGGGCACCGCCGUGAUGACCGCCGCUCCGCAGAUGGGCAUCCCCGGUAUCCCCGUCGAGCAACUCGCCCGGGAGUUCGGCACCCCGGCUUACGUCUACGACGCGGCGAGCAUCCGCAAGCGGUUGUCCGACCUCCGGGCUUUCGACACCGUUCGCUACGCCCAGAAGGCCUGUUCGAACCUUUCGAUUCUCGAAGUGGUGCGUAAAGAAGGAGCCCUGGUCGAUUCGGUCAGCGCCGGCGAAAUCCAUCGUGCCCUGGCCGCAGGCUACGUGCCCCAGGGUUCACCACCGCCGAUUGCGUACACCUCGGACAUCUUCGACGAAGAAACGCUCGACCUCGUCGUCGAACGCGACAUCCACGUCAACUGCGGCUCGCCCGACAUGAUCGAACAGCUCGGCGCUCGGGUCAGCGGCCGCGAGAUCACCCUGCGAAUCAACCCCGGCUUCGGUCACGGGCACAGCCAGAAGACCAACACCGGGGGCGAGCAAUCGAAGCAUGGCAUCUGGCACGAGCAGCUCGACGAGUGCGUUGAACUGGCCAGGCGAAACGAUCUGAAAGUCGCCGGGCUGCACUUGCACAUCGGCUCGGGCACCGAUUUUGAACAUCUCUCCCGCGUCUGCGGGGCGAUGGAAGAACUCGCUCCCCGCGUGGGCGAUACUCUGCACAGCAUCAGCGCCGGCGGCGGUUUGCCAAUUCGCUACACCGAGGGCGAUCAGGAAAUCGAUAUCGACGAGUACUUCCGCCUGUGGGACGAUUCGCGAAAGCGCAUCGAGAAGACACUGGGCCGAAAGAUCGACCUCGAGAUCGAACCUGGCCGAUUCGUGGUGGCCGAAAGCGGAUAUCUCAUCUGCCGCAUCUGUGCCAUCAAGCAGAUGGGCGACAACCUGUUCUACCUGCUCGAUGCCGGCUUCAAUACGCUGGCCCGACCAAUUCUCUAUGGGGCGUAUCACCCCAUCUCAAUCACUCCGGUCGCAGGCUCUUCGGCCGACCGUGCCGAGCAAGACGUGGUCGUGGGCGGCCCCCUGUGUGAGUCGGGUGAUAUCUUCACCCAAAGCGAAGGCGGCUUUGUUCAGAAACGGCGGCUCCCCCAGGCCAACGUCGGGGAUCUGCUCGUCAUUGAAUGUGCCGGAGCUUACGCCAGCGUGAUGGCUUCGAACUACAACUCGAAGCCCCUUCCGCCAGAAGUACUUAUCGACGAUCAGCAGUGCCGGCUGAUUCGCCGUCGCCAGUCGGUCGAAGACAUGUACAUCGUGAUGAAUCGGCACAUUCUCCGAACGCUUGUUGGCUCGACUCUGGCAGUCGUGAUUCUCCUCGCAACGUCCACCGCGAAUGCCCAAAGCGUUGUGGUCUACGAUGUCCCGGAAACCGUGACGACGUACUAUGCUCCUUCGACACCCGUAACAACCUACUACGCGCCAACCACCACCUAUUACGCACCCACAACGACUUACUACGCACCGACGCCAACCACCACGUACUACGCACCAGCACCGACGACUACAUACUACGCACCGUCGACAACCACGACCUACUACGCACCAACCCCAACGACCACCUACUACGCGCCGACCACAACGUAUUACGCACCCACAACGACGUACUACGCACCGACGCCAGUCACCUCGUACUACGCUCCCACCACGGUCUACAGCCCGGGGGUUGUUUAUACCUCGAAGGUGUACGUGGCCGGGCAGCCCGUGCGAAAUUUCUUUCGGGCGAUCACGCCGUAA